CGCCCAGCCGCUACCUCCGGGAUUUCCUGUCUUUAUACCAGUUUUUCCUGACUUUUCCCAGGUUUUCCUGGACAAUAACACAGGAAAAUGGUGUACCUACUUCACUUCGAUCCGCCGUCAAAGCGCAGAUACAACAUGAUGACUCCCCUGGAACGCGAGUACCGCAAGCUCUAUGCACAAAUUGAAAAGAGCAGGGAACCAUCGGCCUGGAAAAAAUACCUAAUGAAAAACGCCUAUACGUGCAUGAAGGUUAUCUGUUACAUACAUCUGAUCGUGAGUAUACUGGACGUGGUAUACAUAUUCAGCGGGACUGCCUACAUCACAAGUUUCUUCACGUGCUCCUACGACAAGGAAACAGUGAAGGAUCCCCGCUGGCAGAUCAUAGAGCAGGUGAUCAAACUACUCAACUACGGCUCUCACGGCUUCUUCCCUUACCCCUACAUCUUCACCUACACCGAGGACUUCCUACAGUUCGAGCGGUCCUAUUGUGGUACUGGCAUGUGCAUGAUCCCGUCGACGGACCUGGCCAACUUCGCCAACAACUGCUUCUGGCUGGCGGUGACCGUGUUGCGGUUUAAAGCUGUAAGGACGAAGGACCUUGUGACGUUCGAGUUGAUAUACCUGACGGACAUAUGCAAGAUAUUCUUGGAGUUUCCAGAUCCGGAGAGCUUUCGAAACAGCCACAAUAAUUACUGUAAAGACUUCAAAUUGAUAAAUGUACCGAACACCUGUAUACUGAUUGCUGUCAUCUACAUAGAGUACCUUUACAUCUGCAAAUUGAAGGGCGAAAGUGAAGAGAUGAGGAACAAGUGUCUCGGAGAGCGGUUUCUACAGAUGGCUCAUGCUCAACUCUCCGAAGAGGAAAAAGAUUUCGAAGAGACCAUGAAGCUUAUUCCUGAUGGCAUGAUGGAGGAGAUACUGGGCUUAUAAAUUGCUCGACGUGGGGCAAAAAUUGCCUAGUGCUGGGCAAAAAUUGCCCAACAUUAGGCAAAAAUUUCCUGUUGGGAAAAAUAUUGGUCAAUUAGUAGUAGACGACCAAGUGGUCGCGGGUUCGAGUCCCGUCGAUGGAAUUCGUUCCUGGGUCAUGGAUGGUAUAUUUAAUUAAUCAUAUUUGUCUUGCCUGAUUUAAGCAAAAUUCGGGCAAUUUUUUGCUUAAGACAUAUUUGGGCAAAUGUUGCUCAUAUUAUAAUAUGUUAUUAAUGUUAGAAACUUCUGACGACCAAUAUGGUCGCGGGUUCGAAUCCCGCCGAAGGACUUAAAGUUCCGGGGUCAUGGAUGGGAUCUAAACGUCUAUCUAUGUAUAACUUUAGCGAAUAAAUAAUAAAAUGAUAUUUGAUGAGCUUACUGAUGUUAAAUGCAAUUAACCUUUUUAGGUUAUAAUUGUAUAAU